AUGGCUAGCAGCGGCUCCGCGCCCGGGGGCCCGGGCCCGGGCUCGGGCUCGGGCACGGCGUUACCCACCCGUUUCCAGGAGACCGAGAAGCUACUGUCGGCGACCGACGGUCGGGAGGAGAAGGGCCUCCGCGGUUCCAAAUCCUUCACGGCCGCUUUGCCCGGCGAGGCGGAGCGCAACGGGCACGGGCUCGCCUACAAGUCGGUGUCGGUCGGGCACCUGGAAGUGGCCCCGCUCUCGCCAUCCCGGCUCAGCCUUGGCAGAGCCUCCUCCACGGCCACCAGCACGGUGGCACCGGAUCAGGGCCGCCCCCGGGACUACCUGGUGCUCGCCAUCUUCUCCUGCUUCUGCCCCGUCUGGCCCAUCAACAUCGUGGCCCUUGUCUUCUCCAUUAUGUCCAGGAACAGUGGGCAGCAAGGAGACGUAGACGGAGCCCGGCGACUCGGCCGCAUGGCCAGGCUGCUCAGCAUCGUCUCCAUUGUCCUGGGGACCAUCAUCAUCGUGCUCUACAUCUCACUCAGCCUGAGAGCGUCCUAG